UUUUAUUCCAACACCAGCACAUUGUACAGUGGGCACACCCAUACCAGUACUGAAAAUCUGAUAGUGGGAUUAUCGCUGCUGGAGGCGACGCGCAUCAACACAGCACACAGUAGGCGGCGUCAGUCCGGAGAACUACGUCCUUCUGAGCUCACUUCCGCCGGCUUGAGUAGGGUCUCUUUUCUACCCAUCUCUCCCCUGCUUUUGUUCUCCCAUUCCCAUCCAGUCGGUGCUGCUGAAAAGAAGGGACCAGUCAGCUGGGAAGCCACACAGACUGAGAGUAGCGGACCCGUCUGUCGCAGAAACGCACGGAAGCCACAUGCAAAGCGCCGUCUGCACAGAGGAUACGCGGCACUCCGUAGUUACAUAACUGGACUACUUUUUUCUAUUAUUGUUGGGGGUUUUUUCACGCUUUUUUUGCUGCGCCGAAGUGACUCCCCAUCGUUUUAACUCAAAAUGGAGAACGACGAGAAAUAUCUCCCCGAGCUGCUGGCGGAGAAGGACAGCCUGGACUCGUCUUUUACACACGCCAUGAAACUUUUAAACGCAGAAAUUGAUAGAAUCCAGAAAGACGACACUAAAAAGGAGGCAGAAGCAUACCUGGACCUUUUCACAACAAAGAACAUCAAACUUAAGGAACGUGUGCUCAUACCUGUCAAACAGUACCCGAAGUUCAAUUUCGUGGGGAAGAUUUUGGGACCUCAGGGCAACACAAUCAAACGUCUGCAGGAAGAGACCGGAGCCAAGAUCUCUGUGCUGGGCAAAGGAUCCAUGAGAGACAAAUCCAAGGAGGAGGGGCUGAGGAAAGGCGGGGAACCCAAGUACGCCCACUUGUCUAUGGAGCUGCACGUGUUCAUCGAGGUGUUUGCCCCCGUGCCAGAGGCCUACCUGCGCAUGGCACACGCCAUGGAGGAGGUCAAGAAGUUCCUGUUUCCCGAUAUGAUGGAUGAUAUCUGCCAAGAGCAGUUCAUGGAGAUGAGCUACCUGAACGGAGGCCAGGAGCAUGGAGCCAGGGGCCGAGGGGGCCCUCCGGUCAGGGGCCGCGGAGUACCUCCUGGCGGAGUACACAGGGGUCGGGGUAUGCCCCCUCGUGGUGCUCCCGCCAGGGGAGGUGUGGCUCGAGGCGGCCCAGCCAGAGGUGGCGCAGUGAGGGGUGUCCCAGGAGGCCGAGGGGGACCCCCAGCAGCACCUGCCAGGGGAGCCUCGGCACCCCGCGCCAGGCCCCCAGCCGCCGGACCCCCCCAGAGGAUGGCACACCCACCCCCCCACCAGCACACCCCUGCUGCAGCUGCUGAGGGCUACGAUGACUAUGGCUACGAUGAGAGCUACACAGACACGGCCUACGAGUCAUACGACAGCUAUUACAGUCAGCCGCAGGCAGAGCCAGAAUACUAUGACUACGGACACGGAGAGAGCACAGAGUCCUACGAGUCAUAUGGCCAGGAUGACUGGAACGGGACCCAGCGAACAGCUACAGGGAAGGCCCCUCCCCCCUCCAGAGGUGCCAAGACGCCUUACCGGGAGCACCCAUACCGACAGUACUGAAGCGGACUCACCACCCUUAACGUGUCGCCCUGACUACCGCCUGUCUACCACGGCAGCUCUCGCUUUAAGCAGCCCGACAAAAGUAAUUGUCCGUUUUGUCUUUGGUUUGGUCUUUUCCUACACUGGACUUUAUACGAGAGAGCAAAUUGGGAACUGAAAAUCGGACCUGGUUUUUGAGAUUUGACCGCGAACUCCCUCCCCCACCCCUUUGUCGCACCAACCAACCACCUAACCAACCAGCCACCAAUCCCUCCAACCAACCAACCAACCAUCAACCAACCAACCAAAGCGGCUUUUAGAUGGGUUAGAGAGGAGAAGUUGGCAUCCUCUUUUUGUUCUUUUUCAUUUGAAUUUUUUAUUUAUUUUGCUGUAUUUUUUUCUCUGACCCUUUUAACCCCCCUCUGGCUUUUUUUGCAUUGUUGAUCUUUAAUUUUUUUUAACUGUUUGGGAGUAGUCAUUUCUAGUGGAAUUAGUGGCUCAUUAUCCACGUGUCUAAUGAAUCCAUUUUAAUUGUUUUUAAAUACAAAGAAUCUGUCGAGGGUCAGUUGCAGAUUCCCAUUUAGGCUACAUUUCAAAAUUCUGUUAAUAUAGCCGAAUAAAAGACCUUUUAAACUUUCAAUUAUGUAAUAUAGAAACAAAAAAAUCAAUCCUAAAUUAUGUGAAGGUUAAAGAAUCAAUGUUAAUGGAAUCAGUGCAAUUCAUUCUUGAUGAUGGUUUGUUUUUAAAUAGUUCUAAAACGUUGUCCAUUUAGACUUAGGCAGCAAUAUUUGUCAUUGUACUUAGAGUUUUGAAAUAUAGCCCUAAUAGACACUGUUGAGAUGGACUGUCCUCAUAUCCUCAAUUUGUUAUACAUGUUAAAAAUUAAUUUUAAGACUCUGAAGACAAAAUGUUUGUUUAACGAGAACACAGCUGAAAGAUGGCUUCGUGUUCUGCUAAAAACAGUUCAGGUCUUCAUUUUGUGAUCUGAUUCUCUAUAAACUGCAUGCACAAAGUACACAAAGAAGGAUUGGGACAAAAAUCUCCACAUGGGUCUUCUCUUUCUACAGAGAAGGGAUCCUGCAGCUCAAUCCGAACUCUUGUACAUAUUUUAAAACAUCCUAACUGUACUUAUUCUGCCACUAGUAUCUGUACCCUCUCCAUAAAAUGCAUUAUGCUACAUGUGUAAGCUUGCCUAAAUAGGUUACUAAAUCUGUCCAAAAGAUGUUUUGCAGCAGUUUGUCAAUAAAGCUUAGUUUGUUUUUUAUGAAA